UUCCUUUCACCAUUGCUGAGAGCGCUUGUGUUUGCUCUCUUGCUCCCUGUCAAUGUAAUGGAACAUAAAAUGGACUGAACAAAUUUUCCACGCUGUACCUUCAUUUUAUAUGGAAGAACACUUCAUGAGUUAGGGCAUCAGACCCGUUUCAUUGUCCAACAUUUGAUGGUCUACAUUGGCUUCUGUCUCUAAAAUGGCAACUGCCUCUUUCCGUCAUGGAGUGACCAUCGCUGGAGCUAUCCUGCUGGUGACGGGGACGCUGUGUUUUGCCUGGUGGAGUGAUGGCGAGAUGGGGGCCACCACAUCUAGCAGUGACUUGAAGGUCAUGCCUCAUGGAGAAGCUGAAUCGGUGACAAGUUCUUCCUCCAAUGCAGUACUCAGGUCCAUCAGCUUCUUCUGUUGUGGAAUUGGUGGGCUCCUUCUCCUGUUUGGCCUCCUGUGGUCAGCCAAUGCGGGAAUAGUUUCCCGGCACUAUCAAUACCAUUUUCCCAGGGAUCUUCAUUACUCCACCGUUGAGCCUCUUGAAAAACAGACCUGCAGCACCUGGGAAGCCAGCACUAUUCCUACCUAUGAAGAAGCCUUGAGUUGCCAGCCUGCUCAAAAUGCCCUAAACGAUACACAGUCUCAUAUCUUAAAGGAAAACGGGCCACCCUUGUAUCAAGUCGUGGAUGAAAACAACACAUGGCAUGGCAGCCGUCCGGGCAGUUCCUCCGAUAGCGUUUUGUUUCGGAAUAGUCUGCCAAGGCUGGAGUCCGGAUCCUGGGAUGAAGCAAGCGUCGUUUGUGACACUCCACCACCUAGCUAUGAGAGUAUCAGCUCAUGCGAAGGAUGAUCUAGGGACCCCGUUCGCCAUUGCUUGAGAAUCUCUAGAUAGCGACUGACGUCUUUUCUUUAAAUUAAUUGAUUGUGACAAGCUGGAGUAGAAAAGGGGAAAUAGCUACCAAAAUACGAACCAUUGUGUUGUCUUUUGUAUGAGCUGAUGCCAAAUUAUGGGAGAAUAAUGUCUCAACAUUGCUUUUAAGUGUGUGGCUAAUAUCUAUGGCAGUCAGCCUUAUGUAUCCAGAUGCUUUGGAGAAAAAUCCAAAGUAUAUGGAAAAUUUGACCUUCAGUGAAGUAGGAGUAUUGCUUAAAUACGGUUACACCAAAACAGGACUACAAGGGCAGUACACAGUGAAUUCAGCAAACUGGACUCAAUGGUAUUUGGAAAACACAGUGUUCUGAAACAUUCUUAGGGAAAUUAUUAUCAAUUAACAAUGAUAUAGAUUUCAUAGGCAUAGUGGGUUAUAGGCAUCCAGAUU